GGAGAGGAAGAGGAGGAGGGAGAGGAAGAGGAGGCGGAGGAGGCGGAGGAAGAACAGGUGCCGGCCCCCUGCCCCCUCACGCAGGACAUGCUGAAGGAGGGCCUCUCUCUCCUCUGUAAGACCGGCAAUGGUCUGGCCCACGCCUACGUGAAGUUUGAAGCCAAAUGCAAGCACUUGACAGACAUCGGCCUCCUCAAAUGCUUCAUUCACCUGCGGUAUGUGGAUUUGUCAGAGAACAAACUGCAGGAUUUGUCUCCACUGAGCAGCCUAACCCACCUGCUUUGGCUGAAGGUGGAUGGGAAUCUGCUUACCAGUGCCUGCAUGCAGGAGCUGCCCUACCUCCAGGUCAUCAGCUUUGCUCGCAACCGCAUCAAGGAUGUGGAGGGCAUUACUCACCCCCGCUUAGCCAACCUCAGCCUGAGAGGAAAUAAAAUCCAGACAGCGCUGGGCCUGAGUCACGGCCAAUUGUUCAGUCUGCAAAUCCUGGAGCUGCGAGAAAACAAGCUGGAGAGCACAGCAGGGCUCAGUCUUCCCAAACUCAAGAACCUCUAUCUGGCCCGGAAUGCCAUUCGGAGCCUCGAAGGCCUUGAGGGCCUAGGGCAGCUGACAACCCUGCACCUGCGUGACAACCGGCUGGAGGCCCUGGAUGGAUUCUGCAGUAGCAUGAAGUGCCUGCAGUACCUCAAUCUACGGAACAAUGGGAUCAGUAGCCUUCGGGAGGUGGCAAAACUGCAGGUCCUCCCCAUGCUGCAGGCGCUGGUGCUGUUGGACAACCCAUGCUCCAAUGAAUCCAAUUACCGGCUGGAGGUCCUGGUCCUGCUGCCACAUCUUCAACGCCUCGACAAGGAAAUAUUUAAGCAAGAUGAACGGGCAGAGGCAAACGAAAUCCGUCGGGAAAGGCAGGAAGAAGAAAAG